AUGGUCAGUAUGGAAGCAGUAGAAAUGUGGGAAACUACAGCAAAGAAGCAUCCUAAGAGGCCAAAGGUUCUGUUUCUCAGACGGAUUGAUCCAAGCGAAGCCCGGUCUUCUGUGAAAUAUGUGGCGGCAGAUGGACCAAUACGUAAGAAGGGACCCUCCAUUGAGUUCAGUCAAGUUCAGUUAACGCGGAAUAUGUUGCAGAAUGAAUGCAUAAUACGUCCAGUCCAAUCAAAUUCAAUGAAGAAACCCAAUUCAGCCUUAAAGAAAACAAUAGUUUCAGAACCCACUCAGGCCGCAUCCGAGCUGUCCAGUGUUGGGAACAGUGUGAUGCUUCCAUCUGCAAGCAUCUGCGAAACUAGCUGCAUGUGCUACAAUAGUACCUCCCUUCCUACAUGUAAGACCUUUUUUUUUUGCAGUUCAAAUUGA